ACCGCGGAGGAAAAUGGCCGCAGUGGAGCCGUGGAUGUUGUGGAGGGAUGACACGCCAGCGGCCGUCUGUGCCAACUUAUCGAUUCCUACCUAUAUGACGCCCGUUGCCCGGUGUCCGUGCAUUGCAUUGUAGCUUCGUAGGGCGCUGCUCGACGCGGGGGAAGGCGCCAGUGUCGGGGAAGUGUGGUGCGAGUGGGUCUUUUGUGGUGAAAUGUUGGUGCGGCGAUGAGGGGGAGAGGCAGGUGGUUUGUGUAGAUGGGCUGGUGUUGCCUGGCCCUCUCGUCCCGAGUGGUGGUGGUGGUGGUGUUGGUGAUGCUCGGCCUGCCGUGCCCGUAGCCCGUGCCCCGAGUGCCAGGAGGUCCCCCUCGCUCGCCGCCGACGCCCCCGAGGAGGCGCUGAGGAGGACGUCCGACCGACCGUCGCUCGUGCUGGGUGAGCCCUGCCCUGGGGCCCAGGCCUCUGCCGGCCGCCGUGCGUCUCCAGGCUCGCCAGGAAGUGUCCCCUCUUUCCUCCUGGUCCUCCCUUCCUGGCUGCGAGACGUCCCCCUAGGCUCGGCCCCUCAGGCCCGGCCCCUCAGGCUCGGGCCCUCAGGCUCGGGCCCUUAGGCUCGGCCCUUGGCUCGGCCUCUGACAUGCCUUGGCCGCCCCGAACGUGCCCCGAAGCCCCCGGACUCUAGCUGCAGCCAGGCCCCGGGAGUGAGCGCAGCCGUCUCGCGAGGAGGCUGCAUGGUAGAGCGGCGCGCACGGGGAGAGCAGUCUGGGCCAUCGGGACGUUUGGGUGCUUGACCCCUGAUGGGUUGGCGGCAGAGUGGGAUGUGUGCGGGGGAGGACGGGGGACUGAACAGACUCACGGCCCAACACCCAUGUCUCCAGUAGAGCCGACAGGCCCCAUGGAGAACAAGCGUAAGAAGGCAGUAGCUCUGGAGAAUGGCGACGACUAUGGCUGCCGGAAACCUACGGGUGUCCCCGCCUCAGGCUCUAACCCCCAGAACCCCACGGCACCGAAUGCUCAGGUACCAGCGGGGGGUCGUGCGGGUCAGAAUCAGACGUGUGUGUGCACCAGCCUGUACGACUACGAGGCCCAGGGAGACGACGAGCUCAGCCUCCGCCGCGGGGAGAUCAUCGAGGUCCUCAGCCAAGACGUCAAGAUCUCCGGGGACGAAGGCUGGUGGACGGGGAAGAUCAAUGGAAAGGUUGGCAUCUUCCCGUCGAACUUCGUGGCGGAGGUGCAGAACAUCAAAGACGUGGAGCCCGUGGAGAUCGACUUCCAGGAGCUGGAGCUGGAGGAGGUGAUUGGGGUCGGGGGCUUCGGCAAGGUGUACCGCGGCCUGUGGCAGGGGCAGGAGGUGGCGGUGAAGGCGGCGCGGCAGGAUCCCGACGAGGACAUCAGCGUCACCAUCGAGAACGUGAGGCAGGAGGCCAAGCUGUUCUGGCUGCUCAAGCACGUGAACAUAGUGGCGCUGAAGGGCGUGUGCCUGGUCGAGCCCAACCUGUGCCUGGUGAUGGAGUACGCGAGGGGCGGCUCCCUCAGCCGGGUCCUGCAGCAGACCAAGGGCAUCGGGCCCUCCGUGCUCACCGACUGGGCCAUCCAGAUCGCUCGAGGCAUGAACUACCUCCACAACCAGGCGCCGAUCACGCUCAUCCACCGCGACCUCAAGUCAUCCAAUGUGUUGCUGAGUGAGCCAGUCGACAAGAACGAAUUACAAUUUAAGACGCUGAAGAUCACAGACUUUGGCCUGGCACGAGAAGUGUCCAAGACGACCCGCAUGUCCGCUGCAGGGACGUACGCCUGGAUGGCCCCCGAGGUCAUCAAAACAUCCACUUUCUCCAAGGCGUCAGACGUGUGGAGCUAUGGUGUGUUACUUUGGGAACUCCUGACUGGGGAGACUCCUUACAAGGGGAUUGACACGUUAGCGAUUGCGUAUGGUGUUGCCAUGAAUAAACUGCGACUCCACAUACCAACCACGUGCCCGUCUAACUGGAGAAGCUUAAUGGAAGCGUGCUGGGAACAAGAGCCUCACUCUCGGCCGACCUUUGAGACCAUCCUCAAGAAACUUGACGAGAUCAGCCGGUCCAACUUCACGCAGACGCCCCACGAGAGCUUCCACACUAUGCAAGGCCACUGGAAGGUGGAAAUCGAGGAGAAGGUCAAUGAGAUUAGGAUGAAGGAGAACGAUCUGCGGUGUAGAGAGGAAGAAGUAAGGAGAGUACGGGUACAGCAGAAACAGAUAGCCGAGCAGCUCAAGAAACGCGAGGAAGAGCUACAUCACAGAGAACUGGACCUCCUGCAGAGAGAGAUCUCCAUCGCCAUCAUCCAGCAGCAGUCGGCCAAGCCCACGCCAAAGAAACGGAAGGGAAAGUUCAAGAAGAAACUCCUCAACAGGUCACACCAGAUUUCAGCUCCGUCAGAUUUCCGACACAACAUCACAGUGCAGCCGACUGCGGGUGUUGUGCUUAACCCUUCGAGUCCCGACAGCCCCCCAGGCUCCCCUAGCGUGCCCAGACUCAGGGCCAUUGCAUUACCAGCCGAUGGCGUGAAGGGCAAGACGUGGGGUCCCAGCACGGCGCACCAGAAGGAGCGAGGCCACAUCAUCCCGCAACAGCACGACAACCAAAAACGAUGGAGUAAGUCGGCGCCCAAUCUAGAGAAGCCAUUACGGCCCCUCCCUUAUACCGCCACCAUGACGGGGUUGAAUCAGAUCACAGCGUAUGGUCCUGAGAUUGAUUACAGUGGUGAAGAUGGGGGGUGGACAGCCAAACCUGUGCCCCUGCGACCACUACCAGUCCCUACCCUCUAUAACGGCACGACUCCGGAGACGAAGGGUCAGCGGCCCAAAUAUUCACCUCUCGAAUUGAUUGUCUAUAACAUUGCUGCAAUGUUGGCGAGUGUGGCAGCCGGCUAUGACGUGCGGUUGUCGAACGUCACUGCGGUUCAUCCAAAGCUGUUACCAGUGAAGGCUGAGGAAGACGAUGCAGAGUACCAGAGAUGGCUGAGUAUGAGUGAGUACGAGUUCUCAAGUCCAUCGGGAUAUGCUCAUAACACGUACCAUGGCCCAACCAGACACUCACGGCCGGCCCUGGUGCUGGAACCUAAGCCGAUCAGGUUCACCGACUCUCCGCAACAUUUUGCCGGCCAGGCUGCUUUGCCCUCCUCCCAACAGGGCCCUAGGAGAAAAUCGUCCUCUGCGAGUAAUGACAGCGAGCAAGUGGCAAGCUACGGUGGCGGGGGGCAGCGUACUGUUUACAUCCCGGGGCCAGCUGAUUACCUGUGUCCAGAUUAUCGCAGUGAGCAGCAGAUGGUGAUCUGGAGUGAACGGGGUGACCACUCUGCCCACGUGACCACCGUGCAACAACGCCCGCCCUCGCCAGUGCCUGAUGCCCCGGUAUACAGAGAGAUGUACCAGCACUUUCCUGGGGACUUCCGCUCAGAGCCACUUGGCUACUACUACAGUGAACGGGGUUACCAUGAUCCGCCUGCAGAAUACCGUGCCAGUGUGCACUACGAGCAGCGGAUCUACCCCCAAUAUGUCCGACGUCACACCUCGGCGGCAGCAGCGGCGGCGGCGGCAGCCAGUGGGGAUGGAGGAUACCAUGCCUAUGACAACCCUUCCACCUCAGUAUCCUCAUCAUCAACAUCCACCAACCCUCGCACUCCCUCCAGAUUAAAUUUCCAACAUAGGCGUACUCCAUCUUCAGUGUCAAAUGCUUCCACGUCUUCUUCAAAUAUCAACCCAUCCUUUAGGCUAGAGGAUGAGGGUGAUAGCUCAUAUUCCACGCCGACGCACCGCAAUGGACACUAUGAGCUGCUAGGGGGACCAGCCCCUCCUCCCAGAGUAUCCCGUCAGAAUUCUCACGAGUUGGACCGCAUGGACAGACCAGGAACACUGGAUCUUCCCCGGCACCACCGCUCGUCUCUAAGGAAGUCAAAUUACACGUAUGGCAGGUCCUCCCCCAAGCCUCGCAGUGAUCGGAGUGGGUCUGGGGGCUCGGGUGGGGGCACUCCCACAAACCCCACCCCGCCAGACAGUAUGACAAGUGAGGACAGCAGCUAUGUCAGUGCCCCAGACAUGUACUCUGGUGGCUCUGGGGGAAAUUCAACUGGUGGGGGACGUGUAAGAUUCUCACCUGCUUCUCACAUUCUUGGAUCAGAGGUUCCUCGACACACUCUCUUGGACAUGCCUGUAGAGGGACAGAGUCAGGACACGACAGAGCCUCUGACAGCUCUACAGCAUGCCUUUAGGCACCGUGAGCAGCAAGGCCUCCUCUCACAACCAAAUUCAUGGACAGCUUUUGAUGAUGGCAGUGACGAGAGGUUGUAGCAGCUCUCCACUUGAGCCACCAUGCUCUCAGGGGGGGCACAAGCCCAGUUAACAUUCCAGGCACAUAAAGAGGACGGUUCAUGAAUUUCUUUCAAGUAUUGCUUUAUAACUGUAGGAAAGAUUGAUCCCUUUGGAAGGUUUGUGGAUCUUGUAAAUUACCUACUUAUUCUCAUUAUCUAUUUGAGACGAUUGGAGAGUGGUUCAGGAAACUAAGUCAUCUGUUUCAUAAAGAAAAUUUGAAAACAGUGGAAGUGGAGAACUGUCCUUGUCGGACUUUCCCCCGACAGUUGUGGCGUAUGUGUUGUAAUCACUGUGCUCAAGCUUUCAGUUUUAUGUGGUUUGAUGAGAGCAGUGUAUAUAGUAGUGCCAUCUAGUUAUUUCUACUUGGUCAGGAUUGCUAUCAUUCCUAUCAAGUCACAACUUCUGUGAUCCUUGGGCAGCCUUUGUGUAACUUUUCACCUCUUAGAAUGAGUACCUAGUAUAGCAGUGUGAAGGAAGGAACAUAGAAAAAGAGGAAGAAGAAGAAGAAGAAGAAGAAGAAGAAGAAGAAGAAGAAGAAGAAGAAGAAGAAGAAGAAGAAGAAGAAGAAGAAGAAGAAGAAGAGGAAGAGGAAGAAGAGAAUGGAAUAGUGGUGGGUGGGAAGGGAUUCAGGAAAGAGAGACAGAGAGAGAGAGAGACGAGAGAGAGAGAGAGAGACAUGGGAGGAAGUGAUGGCCUGAGGCCUUCUCAUCGUGUAAGAAUUGCUUAUUGGUAGUGUUAUUCCAGUUCCUCGUAUCAUUCUCUUAUAGGACGGUUGGUUUGGCUCUCAAGAUAAAAGUUAGGAUGACAUCUCUGCUCUAUCAAAGAAAGUUUCAUUAUAGUUUAAGGCAGUUCAAGAAUGCAUUUUUUUUUUCAUUUCCUUUUUUUUUUAUAUAUAGAUUAUGCAGCUCUGAAUGGUUUGAUAAUGGUUGUAAUUUGAUGAUUUUUUGUGCAAUAUUCCAUGGUACUCAGUAUUGCUGUAACUGACUUGAAAUGUGUUGCUUGAUGAAUUGGAAAAUUGGACAGAAAAAAAAUGCAUCUGUAUUUUGCCUUUAGUUAAUACUACAUAUUGCAUGAAAAGUAAAUGAGCAUUUAUAGGAAAACAAAUUACAGUGUCUGCAAUAAUUGUGCCAUAAUGUUUUGCACUUCUUUUGCCACAUAAGUUAUCAGUUGAUUAAUUAGAAAGAGGGAGUUGCUUGCUUUUUCUCUUUUCUAAUAUUAAAAAUCAGAGAGUAAUUUAGUCAUGUGAAACUUUUGUCAUGAGAUUGUGUAUUAAUUGAUUGAUUGGGUCGUCAUUUAACUUUUAUACUGCUUGCCUUCCAGUCAAGUGAAGUGAAGUUUGUAAAAGUAAGGAUAUAUACAUAUAUUCAUGCAUGAAGACAUUUAUACAUAUACAUAUAUGCAUACACAAAUACUUUUACAAUAAUAUACAUGCACAUUGAAUGCAUGUAUAGAAAGACACACACAUACA